AUGGUAGAUAGGGGUCCUCUGUUGACGUCGGCGAUUAUUUUCUACCUGUCCAUCGGAGCAGCUAUCUUCGAAGUGCUGGAGCAUCCUCAUUUGCAAAAUGCGGCCGAGGGUUACAAGCAGAAAAAGUCGGAGCUCCUGAAAGAGUUUCCCUGUCUGGGCCAGGAGGGGCUAGAUAAGAUCCUGCGGGUGGUCUCAGAAGCUGCUGGGCAAGGAGUUUCAAUUGAUGCUAAUGAUACGUUUAAUUACUGGAACUGGCCUAAUGCUGUCAUCUUUGCUGCUACGGUGAUUACAACCAUUGGUUAUGGAAAUGUUGCUCCAAAAACUUCAGCUGGGCGACUUUUCUGUAUCUUUUAUGGACUUUUUGGUGUUCCACUCUGCUUAACAUGGAUCAGUGCUUUGGGGAAAUUUUUUGGUGGUCGUGCCAAGAGGCUGGGCCAGUUCCUGACAAAGAGAGGAGUAACCCUGAGAAAGGCACAAAUUACUUGCACAGCUAUCUUCAUCAUUUGGGGCAUUCUAGUCCACUUAGUUCUUCCUCCCUUGGUUUUUAUGGUGACUGAAGAAUGGGAUUACAUUGAAGGCCUCUACUUCUCAUUCAUCACCAUCACCACAAUAGGAUUUGGAGACUAUGUUGCUGGUGUGAAUCCAAACAUGAACUAUCACUCCCUCUAUAGAUACUUUGUGGAGGUGUGGAUCUACCUAGGCCUUGCUUGGCUUUCACUGUUUGUCAAUUGGAAGGUCAGCAUGUUUGUAGAAGUUCACAAAGCAAUCAAGAAACGAAGGAAAAAAAGAAAAGAAUCCUUUGAAAAUCACUCUCCCACCAAAAAAGCUCUUCAGAUGUCUAACACAAAAGAUAUCAACAUAUUCAGUUUCCUUUCCAAAAAGGAAGACAGUUACAAUGAUCUCAUUAAGCAGAUUGGAAAGAAGGCUUUGAAAACAAGCAGUGACAAAAUUCUCAACUCAGAGCAAACCAAGCCAACCUUACAACAUACCAAUAAAGAUCUCAAAGUGAUGUACACAAAGAACAAUAUGUUUGACUAUGACAAGGUUUCUCUUGGACUGCAGAACUAUCACGUGAUGAGGCAUUUGACUGACAAGCGUCUUGGGGAUAGCCCGGUUGAGGGCAACGUGUUUGUAAAUCAGCUGGACCGGAUCAGUGAAGAAGAAGGGGAAGCAUGGGAUUCGCGGGAUUAUCGACCUUUGAUUUUUGAAAAUGCCAACAUAACAUUUGUAAAUGAGAAUGAGGAUGAAGAGGACGACCUUUCAGAUGAUGAAGAAACUUCAAAGUCUUCAGUGGAUGACAAUCUUGCACAGGAGCCUCAAACCCCAGAGAAACUGGUGAAAUUUUCAUCCUCUGAUGAAUCUACUUUUACCGGUAAUGAGAUGGAGAUAUCAGUGCCUUAUGAACAGCUUAUGAAUGAGUAUAACACAGCAAAUACUGCCAAUGCUGCAACGUGAGAAAGGUGGGAGGGAGUUUCUUGAAAUCAUAUGAUGCAAAUUUUUAAUAGAUACAGUAAUGAUCUGAAUCAACAACCAUAAGUGAAGAAGAAGGAAUAUCCUAUGAGAUAUUUUCCGCUACUGUCUUCU